CUCACACUCGCAGGCGCGCGUGCGCACGCCCGCGCGACUCCAGCCGCGGAGUCUCCAGCGCCCCUCAGCAGAUCCCCGCUCUCCCGGGCGCUGCUACUCACACAGGCUUCCAGCCGCCACGGGGCGUCCUCUGUCUGCUGCAGCGGCGGCGGCGGCGGCGGUGGCGGCGGCAGAGGGAACGGCGACUGCAGCCUGGCCGCGUCUACCAGCUCCGUGCCCGGGACAGAGUCCGGGAGAAGCAAAGAAGGAGGAGGACGCCGAGGCUAGGAGGAGCCGCGCCGCGCCCGGCGCCCCACUCCGCGCAGCGGGUUGCCUCCGCUCCCCAUACGGCGGCCCCAGGUCCUUUGCUGCCAGCAUGAUGUCGUAUUUAUAAUAUGUGGAGGAGAGAGAGCUCACCAUGCUCAGUAGAGACAGGGUUUUGCCAUGUCGGCCAGGCUGAUCUUGAACUCCUGACCUCAAGUGAUCUGCCCACCUCGGCCUCCCAAAGUGCUGGGAUUACAGGCAAGAGCCAACAUGCCCGGCCUCAAAGUGAAGUCUUUUAUUACGAGGAGAAAGUGCUAGGUCACACACAUUCCUUGGCUGUGAUCCCUUUCUGUCUUCAAAGCCAGCAAUGAUCUGGGCCUGGAUCAAACCACUUCAAUUCACUGAGCCUCUGUGAAGAGAAAAUAGAAAUUCUGCUUGUCUGCAUCUCUUCGGUGGGAGAAGGAUAAAACGAUUAUUGAGACGUGCUCUGUAAACGUUGCCCGUUACUAUCUACAUGUCUAAAUGAUGAGGCGAGAAAGGAAAAAGCCUCUGGUAUGUCAGAACCACGCUGUCUUCCAUGGGACUUCCUUUGUGAAGAGCAUCCAUUUAAAAGACUUUUAUGAAUACAUGGUUUCAAUCAAGUCCCCAAAGAACACAUUUGUCUUCUGAGCUGCUGGCAGUUUUGAGAAUCUGAUGACCUCCGAGGGGACCCUGCACUCAGCCAUCAAAGUGCUCCUGCCCCCUGGACGCUCAUAAUUCAAUGGUAGAUGCAGGUGGAGUUGAGAACAUCACCCAGCUUCCCCAGGAGCUUCCUCAGAUGAUGGCUGCAGCAGCUGAUGGUUUGGGGAGUAUAGCGAUAGACACGACCCAGCUCAACAUGUCCGUGACAGAUCCCACAGCCUGGGCUACAGCCAUGAAUAACUUGGGCAUGGUUCCCGUGGGGUUGCCUGGACAGCAGCUCGUGUCUGACUCAAUCUGUGUCCCGGGCUUUGAUCCAAGCCUCAACAUGAUGACUGGAAUCACCCCCAUUAACCCAAUGAUACCAGGCCUUGGACUGGUACCUCCCCCACCACCAACAGAAGUGGCUGUUGUGAAAGAAAUAAUCCACUGCAAAAGCUGUACUCUUUUUCCUCAAAAUCCAAAUCUUCCACCUCCUUCCACAAGAGAACGACCUCCUGGGUGUAAGACCGUGUUUGUUGGAGGAUUACCAGAAAAUGCUACUGAGGAAAUUAUUCAAGAAGUCUUUGAACAGUGCGGUGAUAUUACAGCAAUUCGGAAAAGCAAGAAGAAUUUUUGUCACAUUCGCUUUGCAGAGGAAUUCAUGGUUGAUAAAGCCAUUUACCUUUCUGGUUAUAGGAUGAGAUUAGGGUCUAGCACCGACAAAAAGGAUUCAGGCCGCCUUCAUGUGGACUUUGCCCAGGCCAGGGAUGACUUCUAUGAGUGGGAAUGCAAGCAGAGGAUGCGUGCCCGGGAGGAGCGGCACCGGCGCAAGCUGGAGGAGGACCGGCUCCGGCCCCCAUCCCCGCCCGCCAUAAUGCACUACUCGGAGCACGAAGCCGCUCUGCUGGCCGAAAAGCUGAAAGAUGAUAGCAAGUUUUCAGAGGCUAUCACAGUGCUGCUUUCCUGGAUUGAACGAGGGGAAGUGAAUCGGCGCUCUGCAAACCAGUUCUAUUCCAUGGUGCAGUCGGCCAACAGCCAUGUCCGCCGGCUAAUGAAUGAAAAAGCGACCCAUGAGCAAGAGAUGGAGGAAGCCAAGGAGAGUUUUAAAAAUGCCUUAACUGGGAUUCUCACUCAAUUUGAGCAGAUUGUGGCCGUUUUCAACGCUUCUACCAGACAAAAAGCUUGGGACCAUUUCUCGAAAGCCCAGCGCAAGAACAUAGACAUUUGGCGAAAGCAUUCUGAGGAGCUUCGGAAUGCUCAAAGUGAGCAGCUCAUGGGCAUACGCCGCGAAGAAGAAAUGGAAAUGUCUGAUGAUGAGAACUGUGACAGCCCUACAAAAAAAAUGAGAGUCGAUGAAUCAGCCCUGGCUGCCCAGGCCUACGCUCUGAAAGAGGAGAAUGACAGUCUCCGCUGGCAGCUGGAUGCCUACAGGAAUGAGGUGGAGCUGCUGAAACAAGAAAAAGAACAGCUUUUCCGAACAGAAGAAAACCUCACCAAGGACCAGCAACUGCAGUUCCUGCAGCAAACCAUGCAAGGCAUGCAGCAGCAAUUGCUAACCAUCCAGGAGGAGUUAAACAACAAAAAGUCAGAAUUGGAACAAGCAAAGGAAGAGCAGUCCCAUACACAAGCGUUACUAAAAGUCCUGCAGGAACAAUUAAAAGGUACCAAGGAAUUGGUCGAGACCAAUGGCCACAGCCAUGAGGAUUCAAAUGAAAUCAAUGUGUUGACAGUUGCAUUAGUCAACCAAGACCGAGAGAACAAUAUUGAGAAAAGAAGCCAAGGCUUAAAAUCAGAGAAAGAAGCUCUGCUAAUAGGUAUCAUAUCAACGUUUCUUCACGUCCAUCCUUUUGGAGCCAACAUAGAAUAUCUUUGGUCAUACAUGCAGCAGCUGGACUCCAAGAUAUCUGCAAAUGAAAUAGAAAUGCUUUUGAUGAGGCUGCCACGCAUGUUCAAACAGGAAUUCACAGGUGUGGGAGCCACGCUGGAAAAAAGAUGGAAGUUGUGUGCCUUUGAAGGAAUUAAAACUACCUAACUGUGAAGAGCAAAGCAUCUCUGGAAAUGAAACCAUGUGAACCUGGCCAGGGCUGUGCGACAGGGGAGCAGGAGGUGUGGGGUUGGUCCAGCACGCAACCUUUGUGGAGCCAUCGAAGCCUGCCUUUAGUUAUAUCUGUGGUGUUCUCUUGUGAGUGGAAAUGUAAUUGUGUACCAGUUCCUUAAAAUAAACAAAGCUUCAUACUGUGA